CAGGCCCCCGUGGCAAGGCUGGCCCUAGUCCCCGGCCUUCCAAGUACUCGUCAGCCCAGGCCUCAGCGGAGGCUGCACCAAUCCCUGACAGCCGACCGCUAAGCUCAGCAGCCACCACGCCAUGCUGCCCCAGCAUACCACUACACGCCAACGCGGCCCCAGCAAGGAGUGGUCUGCUACACUCCCCAAAGCCAGUGAGACCUCCAACGAGCCUGGAUCCGCCAACCGGCUGCGCCGCGCCAACCCCUGGAUCUGCCCGUUCCUGCCAGGCGGCGACAAUCGACCACCACACCCCCUUGCCCUCCUGGGCUGGGUGCUCGACCUGCCGGGACAGCGGUAGCCACCCACUUGCAGCCGCGCAAAGCUCCGCCCGUGCAGGCAGUGGUGUGCUCCAACCAGCCGAUGCACCACACGGCACCCCUGCGGCACAGGCCUCAACAAGCGCACUGGGCCCGGCGUUGUAGCUGAAUGAACUGCCAUCCCAUCCCAAGUUGCUCCCAUGCAACACUAGUGAGUCUUCUUGCGUUGAACGAUCCAUGUGGAUGAACUCAGUG